AGCCCCCUUCACUCAUCUCCUCUCUCUUCAAGAAAACCCUAACCAAAAUCACCAUCAUCGCCGAUUCCACCGAAGGACCAGCGAACAAAAGCCGAUUUUGGCGUCGCUGACACCAUCUCCAAUCAACCCCAGUCCCUUUUCAAGCAACAGAGCUUUGAACAGCUCGUCCAAGUCGAAUCAGAGCCCCCGCCCCCCCACCCCCCACCCCCAAAAAAAUGAGAAGCACGCAAGGAUCUUUGGGUUUCUAGGCCAAUCUUCCAACAAUCCCCUGGGUAAAGGCUCGUUUCAGUUCGUUGGAGCCUAAAACCAUGAAGAAACCACUAGAUUCAGACCUCUAGCAUUCAAAUCGCUCUGAAAAGAUCUUGGCUAAGCAAAAACUACUUCGAGCGGAUUCGAAGACUCGACGAUGACAAUGGCCUCAGUUCGCUGUAACGGAUAAGAUUGAAAUUAACCAAAACCUACCAAAUAUCCAAAUGAUAGUCUCAUCUCCUCACGACCUGCAAACUUGGCGGAGGAACAUAAAAGUGGCACACAGAGAGGAAAUCCGACAACAUCUGGGGUCGUUAAUGUCACUAAUGGGUAUCCAAGCUGAAAAAACUCUCACCAAGCUACUGAUAGAAUUUUGGGAUCCCGCCAGCGUAACCUUUAAUUUUUGGAUUUUGUGAUAACCCCUACUUUGGAGGAAGUUUGUGGAUUCACCGACUUACCAUUUGAGGGAAGAAUGCCGGUGUUACCAUCCUUCAUAUCGAGAGAGAGAUUCUUGCUCAUUUUGGGAUUUAAUGUCUACCCGGUCUUGAGGAACGUGAAAAAUGAUUGAGUGAAGUUUGACUUUCUUUUUUAGAGAUUUGGGCGCCGAGAAAUUUUUGAUCCAUAUCGGGAUAAGUUUGCGUGUGACCGCGGAAGGUGGGAGCAAAUGUGGCCAAGAGCCUUCGCCAUAGCCUUGUUGGGAGUCUUGGUCUUCCCAAAGAGAGCCUACCGAAUCAAUAUUAACCUUUUGCCACUUGUUAUGAAUAUCUUCUCGGGACAGGAUGAAUUGACAUUGGUCCCUAUGAUCCUCGCGGAGACACUCCAAGCUCUAUCGGCUUGUUCAAGAGGGCAUAACUUUUUCGAGGGGUGUAAUCUCUUACUGCAGUCCUAGGCCACGGAACACUUCUAUACUCGCCUCCCCAUCAUGGAUUACUACAUAGAUACUCGUAGCAGAAUUCAGAGCCACAAGGAAAGAAUGAGGUACUGGCCUGAACCUAUAGGAGAGGAGGAGUGGCGCGCAUUCUUAGUUCAGCUCACGGGAGAUGCUAUUCAGUGGAAAUACCCUUGGCUGUCAGGGAGACCUUUGGUAAGAACUGCAAAUCUGUACUUCUUUGAGUUGAUCGGGUUGGACGGGAUUCAUCCAUAUGCGCCUCUCACAGUCUUGACGCAGUUUGGAGUUACACAAAAUGUCCCAGUCUGGUCCUAUAUGGCACUACAUGAAAAUAACUAUGAUAGGGUGGUUCCAAUAGCACGAGUGAGAAUUCUGCAAAGAGAAUGGAUGAACAUGAUCACAAUUGGUAUGGUUGACGAGAGUUGGUGCACACCCGAGUAUUAUGCCUUGUAUAAUGUGGGAGGCAUGACACUUUUGCCAACCGAAGACGGAUUCGAUGGGCUCACGGACUAUGAUUUAGCCGCUUGGCUUACAGUUGAGAUAUUGUCUUUCAUGAACGUCAACAAUGACAUGUACAGACAAGUAGUUCCGGGUUCAGUAAACCAUAUGAUACAACUGGUAGAAGAGGAAGAUCCAGUAGAGCCGGAAGAAGAGAUGGAAGAGGACCCUGAAGAAGAUCCGACAGAGCCAGAUGAACCAAUGGAAGAGGAUCCGGAAGAAGAUCGAGAAUGGGAAUUAGAGCAUAAUCUUGUAAUAGAAGUAGAGCCCGAGAAAUCACCUGAGUAUACUCCGGCAGGAUAUUCAGAGGAGGAACCGGAGGUACAGUCUGAGUACAAGCCUACAGUACAUGGUAUAGAGGAGGGACCUGAGUAUGAUCCAGAGGCAGGUUGGGUGAUAGAGACAGACCCAGAGGAAGAACUUGAGUACGACCCAGGGCCCGAUUAUGACCCAGCAUAUGAUGGGGAUGACAAUGACGGCCCAACAUGGCCCUAGACUAUUUUCUUUCCCCCUUUUUGUUUUCUUUACAUUCCAAAAGAGUGUCGUAUGGCCUAAUAUCUUUGUACGCCCUCGUGGCCACCCUUUGCAUUUUCAUUUCAAACUUCCAUCGACCCAUCCCCUUUGUGUUUUAUCAUUUCAGGCUGCCAUAGGCCUACCCUUGUAAGCUCUCGAGCAACCUUUUGUUGGAAUGGAAGUUAUGUUUGUUCUAAAAAAUCACAGAAUGUGUCAAAAAAGGAUAAUCAUCAUCAACUUGUGUGUAACGUAGGCUUACCUCUGGCAAAAAGAGGCCCCACAAUUAGAACGCGCUUGUUUGCACGUCGACUUGACGUAAUUACGUGAUUAAACAUGUUACUCUACUCUUUCUAAAGCUUCCCGGACUAACCUUUUUGUUUUCCAAUUGUCUUUAUUUUGGUUUUAUCCCCCCAACAGAGGUUGAUUUGUGUUGAUCUUCAAACUGGCCGAAUCACACUACAAUUUGAGAUCUAAGGGAAAAAUGACAAUCACCAACGAAGUCAACCCAACUUCUAACCUUGCCAUAACUAAUGAAAAUCCAGGAAACUCAAGAGAGAGGAUUAAUCUGAACGAUGAAGAAGAGAUCGCUUUGCUAAAGCUACAACUUGACGAACUGAGAGGAGAGCUGCGCCAACUUCGGGACCUGACCCAUCUCACUGUGACUGCUUUCCCAAACCCACCUCACUUUCCAUCAUUAGAUUCGACUAUUCCAGAACACUUCCCUCCAUCCACACGCCCACCUCCAGUACCCCUUUCUUGCUCCAACCUACCUCCAGUCACUCCCGCGAAUGUACCAAAUCUGCCUAAACAAACCCCUUACAUCCCCGACAACGCCCAUACUUCACAAAACCCACUACCAACCCAAACUGCUACCGCACCUACUUACCCCACCGUGCAGCACAUACCAGGGGCAUACGUUGACACUUCCCACGAGCAACAUGUGCCACCGGUAUAUGCAACUAGGCUCCAACCUUCACCGCUCCCGUCACAGUCAGGGUCCCGUUCGAGGUGGAUUAGUAUGCAAAAAUGGAGAGAGAUGCCAAGAUAGGAGAAGAAGAAUCAAUCAUUAGCCAGCUUCACAGUCUAAGGAAAGAAAUAAGGAGCAUGCGAGUCACUCGGGGAAGUGAGAGUUUGGAUUAUGAUGAUCUAUGCAUACACCAUGAUAUUGGCAUGCCAGUAGGGUACAAACCUCCUAAGUUUGAUGUUUUUGAUGGGACAGGUGAUCCUCAUGCUCAUUUGAGAGCCUACUGCCACAAGUUAGUAGGAGUGGGAAGGAACGAGAAAUUGAGGAUGAAGUUGUUUAUCAGAAGUUUGUCAGGAGAGGCGCUCACUUGGUAUACUCGCCAAGAUCCUCGCAAAUGGAGUGACUGGCAGGAUAUGGCUGGGGAUUUCAUGACUCGCUUCGGAUUCAACACUAAGAUCACACCAGGCAGGUUUUCUCUGAGCAAUGUACGUAAAAAGGCGACUGAGUCAUUCCAGGAUUACGCAAGACGUUGGAGAAUUGAGGCUGCCCAAGUUAUGCCCCAUUGGAUGAAAGCGAGCUCAGCAAGUAUUUCAUUCGAGCUCAGGAAGGCAUCUACUUUGAAAAGAUGAUAGGAUCAACGGGCCAAAAGUUCGCCGAUUUGGUCAAAAUGGGAGACUUUUUGGAAGAAAGAAUCAAGUCUGAAAAUAUUUAAUCAAUGGCUGCGCUGCAAGAUGCAAGAAAAGUCAUAUAGUCAGGUUCCAUUAGCGGAGUUAAGAAGAAGAAGGAGGACGUAUCUAAUAUCACACCUUACCACCGGCGAGGAGAGUUAUCUCGCCCAUACUGCACAAACCCCCAAAUCUUUACUCAUACCUCUUAUGUUCCAUACCCAGUUUAUAACGCACAACCAUAUUACAACCCACCACGAGCCCCCACUUACCAAAACCUUCUAAGACCUUAUACCUCAAUCUAAGCACUCGUCCACCAAAAUAGACCACCAUAUGCCCCAAGACCUCGCCCAACUCCCGAAGUCAGAAAUACCCGAAUCUACACCCUCAUAGCCGAGCCUUUAGCCUAGUUAUUUGAAAGGUUGAGGACAACAGGAUUAGUGCAACCAAUUAAAGGGAGAAUCCCUGACCCAAUUCCUCGAAACUUUGAUGGGAACAAACGUUGCGCAUAUCAUUCAGGAAUUCAGGUAUAUGACACUGAGGAAUGCUUUGGUUUGAAAAACCAGGUUGAAGCUUUAAUCAAGAGUGGAGCAAUUCAAUGCACUACAGCGCCCCCGAAUGUGAACAACAACCCGCUACCAAAUCAUGGAAAUCGGGCAGUUAAUAUGAUAUCAUUUGAUGAGGAAUAUGACUUUGAGGGAACCAUUGUGCCCAUUGGAAACACAGAGGUAUUUGUCGCAACAUCCCCAACUGCUCCCAUCAUCACUAUACAGUUGAGGGCGCCGGUAACUAUCCGGACAUACCAACCAAAAUCCGUGGUGACCACUGUUGUCGCAAGAAAACACGAUUAUGAUUUUAGGGCAAUCACAUGGGACUAUCAAUUGAAAGGGAAGGCUAAGAUGAUAGAGACCACAACCGCCCAUGGAAUGACAAGGUCAGGAAGAUGUUAUGUCCCGAAGAAUCUAAAUAGAGGAAGUUGAGGAGAAAAGCACAAUCAAAAGAGAAACAUUACUGAUGCCGAGGCAGCAUAAUUCUGGAAGAAGAUGCAAAUCAAAUAUUAUUCAGUCGAGGAACAGUUGAAGAAGACACCUGCCCAAAUAUCGAUCAUGUCCUUGUUGAUGAGUUCUGCAGCCCACAGGGACGCUUUAGUUAAGGUGUUGAGUGGAGUAAGCAUAUCGAAUGAGAUGACGAGUGGACCGCUGGCCACAACAAUUGGGUAGAAGGUUAAAGCGAACAAGAUUUCUAUCCGUGAUGAUGAACUUCCACCAGAAGGAACAGAACACAACAAAGCACUUCACAUCACCGUGAGGUGCGGAGAUAAGUUUGUAUCCAUGGUACUUGUUGAUGGAGGUUCCGGGUGUAACAUUUUCUCUCUCAACACCUUGAGAAAGUUGAAGAUGGACACAGGAGAAAUGAAAGAAAGUCGUAUGAAGGUCCGAGCUUUUGAUGGGACACAAAAGGGUAUCAUUGGAGAAAUAUGUCUACAUUUGCAGAUCGGGCCCAUGCAGUUACCAGUCCUUUUCCAAGUGAUGGACAUAUCAUCAACUUAAAACUUAUUGUUAGGAAGGCCAUGGGUCCACAUGGAUGGAGCCGUUCCUUCCACUUUGCAUCAGUGUUUGAAAUUCGAAUGGGGUUGGGAGCAAAUCGUAGUUCAGGGGGAACUUGGUCACCCUGUCUAUUAUGAACGCUCUAUCCCGAUCAUUGAAGAAAUGGGAGAAUUAGAUGGAGCUACCUUUCAUGUUGUGGAAAUCAUGCAAGCUAUAAAAAUAAGUGAGACGGUAGGAUUUGAUGAAAUAAAGAUGUCGAGUGCGGCAAAGAUGGUAGCGUCAGAGAUGUUGAAGUAUGGCUACCAGCCAAAGUCUGGGUUAGACCCAAAAUCUUAUGGCAUAACUGAACCAAUCCAACUGAAGCAGCAGAAGGGUACUUUUGGGAUCGGGUAUGAGCCUAUGUUUGGAGAAACUAGCGGUGUCAAGAGAAUAUUUGUACCAGAGCAGGUUCCUGUCCAGGAUCAGAUGAUUGUGCCAGAGGUCGACGAAGAUAUCAUAGAAGGAAUGGAGAACUUGUUCGUGACAUUGAUCGAGGAGUGUUGUAGGGAGACUGAAGCAGUUUCCGAGACACCGACUAUUCGUGAUGCCGAACCAGGAGAGAUCUUGCAGAAUUGGACUGUCAGUCCAUCCUUGGUUCGCCGGGAGUCUUGGUAGUGUGGAAUUGUAGUUUGUUUUCAAAAUAGCAUGAUCAAUUGAGGCUUGAAUCAUGACCGUGCUCUUUUGUCAUCCACCUCUUUCUUUAAAAGCAUUGAAUGCUUCUUUAAUGAAAAUACAUUUUUAUUUUUCUAUUAAAAUAUCAUAUCUUACUUAUACUCGCUUUUCUUUUUCAGCACUCAAACUAAUAAAAAUAUUCAUUCUAUGAUUAUGACAUGUAACGAACCCGUUGAGCCAAGUACGAACGACGAACAAGAUUACAAGGAAUACGAUGAAAGCAUGAUGCCUGAGAAUCUUUCACAAGAGAUCGAGCAACUCGAGAAUCAAAAGAAACUGAACUUGGAUGAAACUGAGAUAGUUAACUUAGGAGACGACGAAACAGUGAAGGAAACUCGGAUCAGCAUGCACUUAGAAGCUGAACGGAAGCAAGAAUUGUUGGAAUUGCUUAAGCAGUAUGUCAACGUAUUUGCUUGGUCCUACAACGACAUGCCCGGGCUGAGCACCGACAUCGUCUCUCAUAGGCUACCAACUGAUCCCACCCGCCCACCGAUCAAGCAAAAGCCAAGGAAGUUCAAGCCCGAUUUGUGUUUAAUGAUCAAAGAGGAAGUCACUAAGCAGAUUGAAGCAAAUGUCGUGAGGGUUACAAACUACCCUUCCUGUUUGGCCAACAUUGUGCCCGUUCCAAAAAAGGACAAAAAAAUCAGGAUAUGUGUGGAUUAUCGGGAUCUCAACAAAGCUAGUCCUAAGGAUGACUUCCCCCUUCCGAACAUCCAUAUACUUAUCGAUAACUGUGCAAAACAUGAGUUGCAAUCAUUUGUCGAUGGCUUUGCAGGAUAUCAUCAGAUUUUGAUGCAUGAGGAUGAUGCAGAAAAGACGGCGUUUACCAGUCCAUGAGGAGUGUACUGCUACCGAGUAAUGCCAUUUGGCCACAAGAACGCUGGUGCGACCUACAUGAGGGUCAUGACUACUUUGUUCCAUGAUAUGAUUCAUAAGGAGAUCGAAGUCUACAUGGACGAUGUUAUUAUCAAAUCUCGAAGGAGUUCAGAUCAUUUUACUGACCUAAGGAAGUUCUUUGAACGAUUGCGGAGGUAAAACUUGAAGUUGAAUCCAGUAAAAUGUGCAUUUGGAGUUCCUGCUGGAAAAUUAUUAAGAUUCAUUGUUAGCAGAAAAGGUAUAGAGUUAGAUCCUUCAAAAAUCAAGGCAAUCCAAGACUUGCCUCCCCCGAAGUGCAAGAAAGACGUAAUGAGUUUCCUCGAAAGGCUCAAUUACAUUAGUCGAUUCAUCGCUCAGUCGACGGUGAUUUGUGAACCCAUAUUUAAGCUGCUGAAGAAAGAUGCUGCCACAGAAUGGACAGAAGAGUGUCAGAAGGUCUUCGACAGAAUCAAGGAGUACUUGUCCAAUCCACCUGUAUUGGUCCUGCCAGAACUGGGAAAACCUCUAUUGCUGUACUUAUCCGUAUUGGAUGGUGCGUUCAGAUGUGUUGGAACAACACGAUGAGACGGGGAAAAAGGAGCAAGACAUUUACUACCUAAGCAAGAAAUUCACACCGUACGAGGCAAGGUACACUUUGUUGGAACGCACAUGCUGUGCUUUGACUUGGAUCGCACAAAAGUUGAGGCACUACCUAUCCGCGCACACCACACACUUGAUCUCAAGGAUGGAUCCACUCAAAUACAUCUUCCAGAAGCCGAUGCCUACCGAGAAAUUAGCAAAAUAGCAGAUCUUGUUAAGUGAGUUUGAUAUCGUGUACAUAACUCAGAAGGCUAUCAAGUGACAAGCAUUGGCGGAUCACCUUGUAGAGAAACCUGUAGACAAUGAAUACGAGCCGCUUACAACCUAUUUUCCCGAUGAGGAAGUACUGUUAACAGGGGAAGAUAUUUUAGAGCCUUAUUCAGGAUGGAGGAUGUUUUUUGACGGAGCAUCAAAUUUCAAAAGAGUUGGAAUAGGAGCAAUUUUGGUUUCCGAAACAGGUCAACACUACCCUAUCUCAGCAAAGAUCAUAUUUCCCUGCACAAACAAUAUGGCAGAAUACGAAGCUUGUAUUCUCGGGCUCAGGAUGGCGGUUGAUAUGAACAUCAAAGAACUUUUGGUAAUAGGCGAUUCUGACUUAUUAGUUGAUCAGGUACUAGGAGAAUAGACCACCAAGAAUGUCAAAAUCCUUCCAUACUUACACUGUGUAAAGGAGUUGUGCAAGCAGUUCACAGAGAUUGACUUCAAGCAUGUCCCUCGAAUCCAAAAUGAAUUUGCUGAUGCCCUCGCGACAUUUUCAUCAAUGAUCCAACAUCCAGAUAAGAAUUACAUCGGCACUAUCAAGGUAGAAAUACACAACCAGCAAGCAUAUUGUUUUCAUGUCGACGAGGAAUUAGAUGGCCAGCCAUGGUACCACGACAUUAAGAAGUUGCUUGAGAUAAGAGAAUAUCCGGAAGAUGCUACUAACAAACAGAAGCGGACCUUGAGGAGAAUGGCAAAUCACUUUUUCCUUAGUGGAGAAAUCCUAUAUAGGAGGACUUCAGAUCUAGGAUUGCUAAGAUGUGUGGAUGCCGCAGAGGCGACAAGGUUGUUAGAAGAAGUACACGCAUGGACAUGUAGACCCCACAUGAAUGGAUUCACUUUGGCAAAGAAGAUUCUGAGAGCAGGAUACUUUUAGAUGACUAUGGAAAGAGACAGCAUUCGCUAUGUACAAAAGUGUCAUCAAUGUCAGGUUCACGGAGAUUUUAUUCGAGUUCCCCCAAAUGAGCUCAAUGUGAUGGGUUCCCCUUGGCCGUUCGCCGCUUGGGGUAUGGAUGUGAUUGGACCUAUCGAACCCCCUGCAUAAAUGGACAUCGCUUCAUCUUAGUGGCCAUCAAUUAUUUCACUAAAUGGGUCGAAGCUUCAACGUACAAGGAAGUAACAAAGAAGGUGGUAGCAGAUUUUGUUCGCAACAAUAUAGUCUGCCAAUUUGGGAUUCCAGAAUCAAUUAUCACAGAUAAUGCAGCCAAUCUCAACAGCGACCUUAUGAGAAAGACUUGUGAAAAUUUUAGGUUUGCCCACCAAAAUUCCACAGCUUAUCGACCACAGAUGAAUGGAGCAGUCGAGGCAACAAAUAAGAACAUCAAGAAGAUCUUGAGGAAGAUAACAGACAGUCACAGGAAGUGGCAUCAAAAGUUGCCAUAUGCUUUGCUUGGUUACCGUACCACGACUAGAACAUCCACAGGAGCAACUCCCUACAUGUUGGUCUAUGGUUCAGAAGCUGUGAUACCCGCAAAAGUAGAGAUACCUUUUUUGAGGAUUAUCCAAGAUGUUGGUUUGGAAGAUGCAGAAUGGAUACGUAGUAGACACGAACAGUUGAUGCUCAUUGAUGAGAAAACGAUGGACGUUGUCUGUCAUGGUUAGCUUUAUCAGAACAGGAUGUCCAAGGCAUUUAACAAGAGAGUGAGGCCUAGGAAAUUCAAACCAGGGCAGUUGGUUUUAAAGCGAAUAUUUCCUCAUCAGGACGAAGCUAAAGGGAAAUUCGCACCGAAUUGGCAAGGUCCAUACGUGGUUCAUCAAGUGCUUUCAGGAGAGGCAUUGAUUUUGGGAGAAAUGGAUGGUAAAGUGAGCACGAAGCCCAUCAACUCAUACUUGAUCAAGAAGUACUACAUCUGAAGACAUCCAAGCUAGCUUUUUCUUUCCGCUGUAAUUUGCAUUUCUAUUGUAACAGAACUACGCUGACCUGACUUCCCAUGGUGGGAUACGUAGGCAACCCACAUCGGGUCCAGUCUCUUGUAAUAGAAACCCCAAAAACAUUAUCUUCAUGUAACUGGAACUACGAUUCGACCUGAUUUCCUUUGGUGGGAUACGUAGGCAAUCCCCACCGGAUUCGGUCCCUUUAUUAAUCUUGUUUUUAUUAUAAUUGAACUACGUUAUGACCUGAUUCCAUUUGGAUACAUAGGCAGCCUGAGUCAGGCUCGGUCACAUCACAUUACAUAUCAUUUUAUUUUCAUUUCUACCCCUGAACUACGUACAAACCUGAUUCCUAUUUGGGAUACAUAUGCAACCUAAAAAGGUUCGGUCAUACCCUUAGGAAACCUUUUAUUUGUAAUAUAACUAUCGAUUAGGAUCGGUCUCGUCAUCAAAUACAUCGCUGCACUUGGCUUGAAUACGAAGAAAUGUCAUCAGAGGAACAAACUAUGCAAAGACAUCAUUUGGAUACAGGCGUUACAAUGGAGAAGCUUAAUGCGUUUCGAAACAUGUCAUUUGUUACACCCCGUAUCUUUGAAGAAGCACUUAUCAAAUUUAAAAUAUAAGUACAUUAAGUUAUGGUUAAGUAAAACCACUUUGGAAUGUAAGGAGCAAGCAUUAUUAAGCAUAUUUAAUGAGUGAAGGAUGUAUAUAAGGUAUACCAGAAGGUUUUAUAAGGAAAUGAGUGGAAGUAAUGGAGUAGUACGACUUUGGAGAAAGGAUGGGUGAAGUUUGUGUGUGAAAAUUUUGGUCCAACUUGGGGGACGAAUAUCUCUUCGCAUAUGAAAUGUUUUGAAGAGACACAAAAGCCUAAAAUGAAGUUCGUCGAGUGUAGUUUCCAACGCAACAAACCGCUCAUCGAUAGGACAUCAGAGUAGAUAUUUAUGGACGUUACAAGUUCGACUGACAAAGCAGAAACGCGUGCUACAGUACUGCUACAGUACCGACUUGCUACAAUACUGCUACAGUAAAUUGCUACAGUGACCUGACCCUUAUAUAAGGGGUAAAAAAACCCCCUUUUUUCACCAGAUUUUAGCCCAGAAAUUUCCAAAAAUCAGUAGGGAGAGUGAGGGUACCAAAAAGUGAGCAAUUUUCAAGUGACAGAAUAUUAGUUUUGGUCCGGAUAACGCAUGGUUGUGAUUCUAGUAUUAUUUUGCGGUGGAUUUUAGCGUGGAUAUUGAGGAUAUUGCUUUCUUAACAAGAAAAAAAGGUAUGAAUCUUUCUCUUUUGGUAUUAUUUAAGGCUUAUUCUCAGAGACAAAGUUGUUAAAUAAUUGUGUAGUAAGUUGGUUAGUUAUGGAAGUUGGAAAACAGCGUGUGGGCUGUUUUAUGGUACAUAUUGUUGUUGGAAAUGAUAUUAUUGAUGUUGGUAUGGUUGUUGUUGUUGUUGGUUGCUGAAUUGAGAUUUCGUGCUAGGCAUAUAAACAGAGGGUGUGCUGUGGCCUUUGUUGUGAUGUGUAUAUGUAUGGUACAGUUGACAGGGGGUGUGCUGUGGCCUUUGUUGUGAUGUGUAUAUAUAUGGCACAGUUGACAGGGGGUGCGCUGUGACCUUUGUUGUGAUGUGUAUAUGUAUGGCAUAGUUGACAGGGGGUGAAGCUGUGGCCUUUGUUAUGAUGUGUAUAUAUGGCACAGUUGAUAGGGGCGUGCUGUGGCCUUUGUUGUGAUGUGUAUAUAUAUGGCACAGUUGACAGGGGGUGCGCUGUGGCCUUUGCUGUGAUGUGUAUAUGUAUGGCACAGUUGACAGGGGGUGACGCUGUGACCUUUGUUAUGAUGUGUAUAUAUGGCACAGUUGACAGGGGGUGACGCUGUGGCCUUUGUUGUGAUAUUUCUAUGAAUAUAUGUGUUUCUUUGAUAUAGCCAUACUGAUGCAUUCAUUUUGCCCACUCAUUGACAUGUUUCAAAUGUUUUCCAGGAUUUUAUGUAUAUGUCGAUUGCAUGCCUUACACACUCAGUACACUCUUCGUACUGACCCCCUUUCUUCGGGGGCUACGUUUCAUGCCCGCAGGUACAGACACUCAGUUUUGUGAUCCUCCGGCUUAGGACUUCUGCCCAGCCGCUUGGAGAGCUUCAUUGGUCCGGAGCUUGAGUUAUUUUGGUAUAGAUCCUUUUGACAUAGACUUCGUUAUACUCUUAGAAGUCUGUAGACAUAUGUGGGUUGUGUAUAUACUAUUUGGUUAGCUAUAUCGAUGUAGUUCGUCUUGGGUGUCCCCGUGUAUAGUGGCAGCCUUGUCGGCUUGCAUAUUUGUUAUGUUUUGUUUAGCUAUGGCUUCUUAGGAGAUAGGUUCUCUUUGAUGUAUGACAUGAUGAGUUCAUAGCAUGCUUUUACAGAGUGCCAUAUUGUUUUCAGUUUCAGUCUGAUUAUAUCUAGCGGGUCGUAUACGAGUGCUCAGCUCAGGCACUAGUCAUGGCCCAUCGGUUUGGGUCGUGACAUCAUUAUCUAAAAAAAUGAUAGAGUUUUAUUGCAUUUAUACGUAGUAUAUAUACAUGCAUAUCCGAUUUCUAAAAACCAUUUUUUUUCUUUUUUUCAAAAUGCAUUUUUGUACAUUUCCACCUACCAAGUCUCUGGACAGAGAUCUCCACAACCGAAGAAGCUCAAAUGAUUCAAGUGACAAGGCUAGGGCCACGAUCGACACAAAUCAACACCCCCUCCCAAACUAAUAAUUUUUCUUUGAGUACAGGAUUGACAGGAAUUAGGACGAGAUGACAUCGAAGCGAGCUUCCAGUGGAGGCGUCAUAAGAUCCAUCACUUCAUCAUAAGCCAAAAUAACCUUCUCCUAUUUUAUUUUGUUAUCUUAGCUUAUGCACCUCUGAACGUUUUAUUUAAAUUUGCAGGUAUCUCCAGAAACAGGGUCAAGGUCGAUUAUUCGAAGAUGGGGACCCCGGUAACAGCCUCGUUCCUCAAUAAUAACUCCGCCAAUCGGAGAUCUACCUUCAAUUGCAUUAAAUAAUUCCACCAAUCGAAGCUCUACCUUCUAAUUGCAUUAAAUAAUUCCACCAAUCGGAGAUACAAUCUAACUGCGACUAACUCCGCCAAUCGGAGAUACGAUCUAACUACGACUAACUCCGCCAAUCGGAGAUAUGAUCUAACUAUGACUAACUCUGCCAAUCGAAGUUACAAUGUAACUGCGACUAACUUCGCCGAUCAGAGAUACCAUCUAAUUGCGUCAACUAACUUCACUAAUCGAGGAUACCGUCUAACAACGUCAAUUACCCCGCCAAUCGGGGACCUCCAUCUAACUUUGCCAAUCGGAGGUUGUACUUUACAUUAUAGUUGCUCCGCCAACCGGAAGCCUUUACAUUACAGUUGCUCCGCCAGCCGGAAGCUUUACAUUACAGUUGCUUCGCCAGCCAAAAGCUUUACAUUACAGUUGCUCCGCCAGCCGGAAAAUUUACAUUUCAGUCGCUUCGCCAAUCAGAGCUUUUACCUUACAGUUGCUCCGCCAGUCGGAAGCCUCUACAUUAGAGUUGCUCUGCUAGCCGGAAGCUUUACAUUUCAGUCUCUCCGCAAAUCGGAGCUUUCAAUUCUAGUUUGUCUACAAUCCUUUCCUUUAUUUCCUUAUGUUAUUAUUACAUUACAACUCUGAACUGCACAAGUCUCUUUACAUCUUUUGCAGGUCAACAAAAUACACAGUGGAACUAUCUCUGACACAGCGAACUGAGGCGCCCCGCUUGAUGAGGACAUCAUACUCACAAGCUAGAGUCAAUGAAUCUGCUCUCCGCUUUAGCUCACCAAUCAGUUUUCCUUUUAAUUUUUAAGAAGACAGUUACUUCUUCUGAGAAUCUACAUUCUAGAGACUUAGUAAAUUCUUUUGCGUCCUAAGGUCGUCAUAACGCGAUACUGGGACAGUUUUGAGCGUCAAUCCUCUACGACAGGCUGAUAUGAUCCUAUGACAGCACGAAGAUCUAUUCGUGUAGAGUCUCACUUAUGGGUGUGUUGCGGCCGCCACAUUUAUAAUCAGGAGGCUGCAAAGGUACAUCCUGUCUUCAGAAAGAUCAUUUUCAUUAGCAAUCUUCUCCCCCCAAAUUUGACCACAUUUUUCUAACAACAUCUAGUGUCACCUUAAUUCGACACUAGGACAAAAUUUUAAGGAUCUCUCAAAAUUUUCUAUCUUCUCGUUUUCUUUAAACUGAAUUAAUUCCCGUCCUCUUCAAUACAUAGGCGACUCGAAGUCAAGCCAAUCGUAUCCCAUUCUAGCUAUUUUCGCUCAUGUUGAAACCACUACCCGUUCUAUCUCCGAAACCUCGUGUUACCAUAACUACAACACUAGGACAAAUUUUUGAGAAUCGCUCAAAAAUUUUCAACAACUCAACCUUCCAAAUCUCCAAUAAAACUAUUAUCCCCUGUCCAUAACAAGAGAGCCAGUGUCCUCAUAAUUCAGACAUUGUGGCAAAAUUUUGAGGACCUCUCCAAAAUUUUAUCGUCUCCUUGUUCGAACUACAUCGACCUGAUUCUCUUAUGACCCGAGAUAUGUAGGCUACUUAGGAACCAGAGUUCGGUCAAAUUCAUAAACUCACCCAUCCAUCCCCAAAAGAAUUACUCGUUUUCAGUUGUACUCUUUCCAAAUUCAAUCUAAUUUACUCGUCGGGACAAAAUCGGGUUUACGUCAACGUCUUCGCCCAAAGACGCUUUCAUCAUCCCUGGUCGAAGAGGGACAAGCUAUUGACACCCAAUUUUCACCCUUCUUUUUUGUUUAAUUAAUUUCACUAUGCUUCUCAGUCAUGAAAAUUCCCCAAUAAAUGAGUUUGGAAUAUUUUCACUAAUUACUACACUAUUUUUUAGAUAUUAUUUCUCUAAAAUUAAGAAAGGUUUCUAUCGUUUCUUAAAAAAUCACCAAACAUCAUAUUAUAAUAUAUAUAUAUAUAUAUAUAUAUAUAAUUAAAAAAAAUUACUAAACAUAAUUCUUUACUAUUAAAUCACUCAAAAGUAGUGUUGGUAUUCUUAUAUCAAUAUUGGCGUUGACAUUUUUCCUUUAAUCCUAUUUAUCAGUAUGUUUAUCAUCUUCUUACUAUAUUUUUUAAAACUAAAUACGUAUAUUAAAUUACUCUAUUGUAAUUUAUAUUGAUUAACUUGCAAAAUAGGUGGACGACUAGGAUGCUUGUUUGGAUUUUUAUCUUUAAUACUGGUAGAAAGGUUGAUUUUACAUAACCCUUAGAACAUGGAAUAUGUUCAUGCCAUGCGUUUAAGGCUGUUCUCUGACCUGUUUCUUGUUGAGUUUGAGGCCUAAGUGAAUAUGGAAAUCCCUCCUUAAAUCAAUAACUGUUGGAGUCCAAAUGUAUUGGCUGCAUUUUUUCGCUUGUUGUGAGAUAUCGUUUCUUCAGUAAGCCACCCUCGCCUUUCUUUUCAUCUUAAUUUUGUACAAGUAAAUGUAGUCAUUUGACUGUUUUUUUUAUCCUUCGGUCAGUGUUACUUGUUCGAAAUCAUUCGUCGCUGAGUUUUGCUAUAAAUGGGUACUUAAGAAUGGUUAGAGAGGAUUAAAAAUGGUUAUAGGGAUAUUUUCAUCGAUUUGUAGAAUAUGGGAAUAAGUAUGCCAUUGAUUUAGAUUUUUGUUUUGACUGUAUAUUGGAAUCCACGGGUGUCGUUCCUUUAUUUAGAAAUCAAUAUUUCAAUAGUAUGAACUGUGUUUUUUUUUUUUUUUUGCUUGAGAAAAGUUAUUGAUUUGUUUGGAUAAAAACGGGGAUUAUUAGUUACUGUUUGGUUUACAUUUGUUUUAGUAUACUUCUUUCUGAUAAUUAAUGUAUUUUUUUGAUGCAUCAUAAUAUAUAUGAAUCUGUUCCUCCCUUUUUGAGCUUAAAUGACUUGAUUUUUUAGAGAUUGAAACACUUAAAACUGCCAUGAAAUUGAGGGACAGUAGGCAGUUGUGCUCAGAUCCCUUGUACUUUGAGCAAGGAUAUUACAUGUCUCUAGAGUUUCUGCUAUUUGGGGGUGCCUGAUAGUAAAGAUUUUAGAACUUGAAUAAAUCUUAAUUCAGCCAAAAGUUCUUACUGCAUACUUAGUCUUAGAGCAUGACAGAAGCAUAUAGAUGUCUAAGUAGUAAUGGGAUCAUACAUUUUUGGUGUGUGUAGAAGUCAUGAUUGCGAAAAUUCCUUUCCCCGCUAACACAUAAUCUUGUGUUUUUUUAAUUAUCUUACUCCCGGGAGCUUAGAAUCUUCCGAAAAUGUGUUCGAAUGAGUUUUAAGCGUGCACUUUAUUUUGGCAUAACCAUAAGAACCAUGAUGUUAGAAUUAGCCUACUGUUUUUCAUUUUUCAACUAUAUUGAUAAAAAUAAAAAAUAAAAAAAUGGAAAUGUACUUUGUUGAAACUUUUGCAUGUAUGUCUCUUCUCCUAUGAUCUGUUAAUGAGAAUCUAAUAAUGAGAAUAUGGUUCUUAGUCUUUCUUUGAAGCUUAGUGAUAUACAUGUCCACGAAUCUUUGUAAAAAACUUGAUUGAACAUGGUGCCAGUAACUCUGGCAAGCUCUGUAAAUUAGAGUAUCAUUCUUGUUUGUGUGAUUCUGAACCUUAUUCGUUAUCUUCUUUUUUUUAAAACAAAGGGAAACCAGUCAAAUAAGUAUAAAAAUCUAAAUGUGAUGUGUUAAAAGAGUCAUGUUGUUUACAGUAUUUAUUUUAAAUACUCUAAAAGGGUAUUUUUCUUUCGUACAUUCUAAAACGAGUACUUUCUUUGCAAAUUGUAAAAAUGUGCUUUUUUUUUGUGGUAUAAAAAGGUACUUUUUUUUUUUUGCUUUUAAUAUGGUAGAAAGAGUACUCUCUUUUUUACGUUAUUGAGAUCAGUAUAGUCAAGAGUACAUGUAGAGUUUGUAUCAUAACUAUUUCCUACAUCUUUUGGUUCAAUAAUGUGAACUUAUUUCCAGUUAUUUCUGAGUCAAAAACUCCUCUUUGUGUCUAGCUUUGCUACACUUUAUUUAGGAGUCCUAUCUGCUGAAUAAUAGUUGCUGAGAAUUUGAGAAUCUAAAAGUUGCCAAAAUUUGUCAUUCCCAAGUUUACUUGUGUUUCUUAAAAGGGUGCAUUGAGCUAAAUUUUACCUGUAGAGUCUCUAAAAGACUUCAUUCUGACCUGUAGCACUUCUUUAAACCUAGAUAAACCAAACUUAAUCGCUUUACGACAUAAGAAACUGAAUGAGAUUAAUGAAGUAUUGUGCUGAUUGAAUUUAUUUGUAGAUCCUUUGUGGUUAAGCAGAUACUAUAAAGUGUCAAUGGAUUAAAAAAAUAAAAUAAGUCUUGAGUAUUCUUUUGCUGUUUUAGUUGCUGCAAGAUUGUAAGGCGUUCAAAUGAGUUCAACUUACGUAGAAAAAAUGUGAAACUAUCAAGCAUGUUGAAGUUUGUUAAAAGUUGUGUAGAACCUCUAUGAUGUUUAGAGUCUGUAACUAUUCUAAGAGUUAUAAAAUGCUCCGCUAAACCGCUGGAAACUUGGCUAAGGAUUAUGUUUUUUUACUGAAAACUGUAUGUUUAUUUUUGCCAGCAUGUUGUUGUGAAAAUCUUCGUAGCUUUCCAGCCAUAUCUUGAGAAUAUAAAGCUGUAUCUUCCCAUGAAGUUUUUGGUUAAUGGUUUCACUUAACCGAAGUUAUUGUAUUUUGAAUACAAUCUCGUCUAGAGCUUUUUUUUUUUUUUUUGGAAAGUUGUAGCCCGAUGUUAUGAAGUCAAGAUACUAAUCACCAUAGUUUUCCUACUGCAUAGCGUGUUUUUAUUAUGACCAACUCUAACUCUUCCCAUAUUUAAUGAAUUAGCUGAAGAUGUGCUUGUUUAAUAUUAUUGUACCUUAUUUGGUGUUGUUUAUCAUUUUUUUUUAAUCAAGAUAUUCUAAUCCUUUCCUUCCCUUUUUUUUCCAUGAACACAUGGGAGUAGGGGUGGGCAUGGUACGGUAUUUGAAACUUCGGUUCGGUAACUUCGGUAUUCGGUUUUUAAAAAUACGAUACCAUUACCAUACCAAACUAAUUCGGUAUGGUUCGGUAUUUUUAAGUUCGGUUUCGGUAUUUCACGGUACGGUAUUUCGGUAACCAUAAUUUAUUUAACUUCCACUUACGUAUAUAUCAUCACCAACCGGACACUCACAAACCCAAAAUCCAACAAGAUCUAACCGAUCCUGAGGUAGAGUUCAAAAAGCAGUAUGCUAUUUUCAACGUCAAGGUUCUAAGCAAAAUUCCAAGAGGUCCACUGAAAGACAAAAGGAUCCUAUAGACGCGAAUAGGUGGCACCCCUUAGGUUCACAGAGGCUUUCCUCCAGAUGUUGUGAUUCAGUUAUGUUAGAAGGCCCUUUGUUUACUUGUUUUGCUUUAUUAUUACUAAACAAGCUUGGAGUUUUCUUGUGGUAGUUUUGAGUUCCAGAUAUGGUUUUCUUUUUUGUUAAAUUUUGAACGACUGCUGUAAGAUUAUUGGCAGUCAUCAUGGUCACAGUAAACAUAAAUAUGCAAGUGAGUAUUACUUCAAUUCUAAAUCAAAAAAAAAAAAAACACAUAAAAAAAAACGUAACUUAACACAUAAGUCAACAAAAUUAUACCUGCAGGAACAUGAUUAAGGCCAAUUCCAGUACUAUUUAAUGCUUGUUGAACAGAAGAAGAGAUCUUAGUAAUAUCACCAUAAGCAGAAAUGGAAACAGGUCCACAGUAUAAAUUGACAUUAAAUGAGAUGUGAUGUAAUUUUUUCUAAGAAAUCUAGUCUAUAUAUUUAGCAGUAGUAAAUAUAAUAUAUAUGGAUUGUAUAGAUGUAGUAUAAACUUCGGUACGGUAUACGGUAUCUCGGUAUCCAUUUUAUAAAUACCAAAUACCGUACCGAAUACCAAAAAAAAUUUAAAUUCAUACCAAAUACCAUACCAAAUACCGCAAUACCAAAACCGCGGUAUUAAAAAUUUCGGUAUCGGUAUGGUAUUCGGUAUAUACCGUACCAUGCCCACCCCUACAUGGGAGUGCAUUUGGAGUUGUGAUACGACUCCAUCUCUGCCCAGAAUCAAAGAAAAAUAGUAGCUGCAUUGACGUCCUCGUGUCUGACAGCCUUCGUUCGUGUCAAGCGUCCCCGUCUUUCUUCCUCUUUUUUUUUUAAUAAAUAAAUUUACCCUCAACUGGGCCUUUUAUUAAUUUAUGCCAAAAAAGAAAAAAGCAAUAGGACCAAACUUUGGUCCCUAAGUGUUCAGAAUGGAAAAAACAUAUUAAAUUUGUAAAUACUAAAAAGAUAAAAAGGACCAGGUCCUUUGUUGUUGUCUGAAACCCUAUGGUUGAGCUUUUCUCUCUUCGCUUGAGCUUCUCUCUCUACGAUUCUGCCGUCUUUGGUGUCAAAGUGAUGAUCGGAAAACUCAUCGCAGGAGAUUUCCUUGUCAACUGUUCGAUGUCCAUCUGAUCAUUGAUGGUUCAAACUUGCUGCAUCUCCCGCCUUCAGAUAAGUUUUUAUUUGAUUUCUUUUCAUUUCUAAUGUCACUGUAGCUCUGACCUUCUAUUUUCUUGUUUUUUGCAGGUAUCCUCGAUAUGUAUGCUUCUUCCCAGCUGAGCCGACGUGUGUCUUCAAGGAGUUGUUGACAAAGAUUCUGGAGCAAACGGGACUUGAGUUUGGGCAACCGUAAGGAGAGCUAAAGACGUGAUGGAAUCGCUUUGAAACCUUCGUGGAUGACUCGAUAGAGUCUAAUGUUUGUAACUUAUGUCCGCCACCUCGACUUGACCCGAGGUGCUGAGGUUCGUGACCCGCCAGUGUAGGCCAUACUUUCUGCUAUUACAGAGCGCUCCUCUUGAUCCGGAGCCUACAUCUUGGUGCAUAUAUUUUGUCAUGUAUCUGUUUCUGUAUAUAUUUGGACUAUUUGGGGUACGGCGGGGCCCUGUCCCGCCAUAUGUUUCCGUUUUGGUUUGUAGAGGCCUAUAGUCAUAUAUGUGGGUCGAGGGUCCUACGUGUGUUUGUUCUGUUUAUGAUUUGUGUCUUAAUGCGGUCCUACCUGUUAUGGCGUCCAUGGUGGCCCAUAUGUUUGUAUAUAUGCAUAUGUUUGGCGAUAUGUAUUCCGCCGCCUCUUUGGCUUUGAUAUGAUAUCUUUGCACGCGCGACCGCUUAAGAUAA